GGAUUGUUUGUUCGUCCGGUGAUUCAUUUCCCGAAUAAAAUCAGAAAGUAAAGCAAAAGCCGAGCUCGUCAGCAGCAGCGGUAGCGGUGUUUCAAGCCACACUCUCUUUCCUUUGCCUUCUUUCAUCUUCUCAUUUCUUGCUUUUCUCAGUGUCUUUUCUAUUUAGGGUUGUGAGAUAUGUUGAAUCUAGGGAAGAAAGGGAUCCACUACUUGCAUAAAUUGAAUGCUGAAAAGGUCCCGGCAGCGUUGAUAGAAAAUGGUCAGAAUCGUGUUAUAGAUGCUUCCCUUACUCUUAUUCGUGAGAGGGCAAAGCUUAAGGGAGAGCUUGUGCGGGCUUUAGGAGGUGCAGUUGCAUCGACAUCACUUCUUGGAGUUCCUCUAGGACAUAAUUCAUCUUUCCUUCAGGGACCCGCAUUUGCUCCUCCCCGGAUUAGGGAGGCCAUCUGGUGUGGUAGCACAAACUCAAGCACUGAAGAAGGGAAAGAACUAAAUGAUCCACGCAUUUUAACUGAUGUUGGUGAUGUUCCUGUACAAGAGAUUCGAGAUUGUGGCAUAGAUGAUGACAGAUUGAUGAAUAUUAUAAGUGAAUCUGUCAAGCUAGUGAUGGAAGAAGAUCCACUGCGUCCAUUGGUUUUAGGUGGUGAUCACUCGAUAUCUUUUCCUGUUGUAAGAGCUGUAUCUGAGAAACUUGGGGGACCUGUGGAUAUUCUUCAUUUGGAUGCUCAUCCAGAUAUCUAUCAUGCCUUUGAAGGAAACAAAUAUUCGCAUGCUUCCCCUUUUGCAAGAAUAAUGGAGGGUGGUUAUGCUCGGCGGCUUCUGCAAGUUGGUCUCAGAUCAAUAACAAGUGAAGGGCGUGAACAAGGGAAGCGAUUUGGUGUGGAGCAGUAUGAGAUGCGCACUUUCUCGAGAGAUCGUCAAAUUUUGGAGAAUCUGAAAUUAGGAGAAGGUGUAAAGGGCGUGUACAUUUCAUUAGAUGUGGACAGUCUCGACCCUGCAUUCGCUCCUGGGGUGUCGCAUAUUGAGCCAGGAGGUCUAUCUUUCCGUGAUGUCCUCAACAUCCUGCACAACCUUCAGGCUGAUGUUGUAGCAGCCGACGUGGUCGAGUUCAAUCCACAGCGUGACACCGUCGAUGGAAUGACUGCUAUGGUUGCUGCAAAACUGGUAAGAGAGCUCACCGCGAAGAUCUCCAAAUGAACAGACAUUUUUUCCAUGAGGCCACCGCCACUGACCGUAAGACUGUAUGCUGCUGCACCCUUUUUCAACCAUGCAGCUGAAGCUAUUACUAUGAAAUAAUACAGAGAUAUAUGCGUGUGGGUUUCCUUCAUUAAACAACUCUUUUCAUGUAUAAGGGAUGCUUUCAGAGAAAUGAAUUCCAUCUGGUACAUGUGA